ACAUAUAUCUUCCCUCCUUCUCUCUCUCUCUCUCUCUCUCUCUCUCUCUCUCUCUCUUUGAUCCAUCAUCAAUCACUAUAUAUAUUAUUAUCCCAUUUUUUCAUACGAAUUAAAAUUAAAAGUUACUGAAUACUUCAACAGCAACUUCUAUAUAUUCCUCCUCAUUAUUUUUCCCCCAUUUUUUUUUCCUCUGAAAAGAGUGUAACAGAGAAAACAGAUAAGUCAGAUAGAUAUUCCUGAAACUCAAAACCUGAUUCAAAUCUUCACAGAGUAAUGACAGAGAUUAAAGACUCUGCGAUAAAGCUUUUUGGGAGAACAAUUUCGCUUCCACUGAAUCCCAAUGACUCUUCCUCUCCUUCUUCUCCGACACAAUUGAACUCUGCAAUACAACACGAACCUGAGGAACCAUCAAGGAAAGAACUCACCACAGUACAAGAUGACGAUGCCUCACAACAAACCACAGAGGAUUUAAAAUCUCCCACAACAUCUUCAGCCAUACUUGAGAAUCCUCCAAAGACUCCCUCAGCUGAAACCGAAAGUUCAUUACCAAAAUCUUCUACAAAUGGAGAACAAAGCGAGACUAGUGUUUCCGAAGAAAAAACUCUAAAGAAACCUGAUAAAGUGGUUCCAUGCCCGCGAUGUAAUAGCAUGGAAACCAAAUUCUGUUACUUCAACAAUUACAAUGUCAACCAGCCCCGUCAUUUUUGUAAAAAUUGUCAACGAUAUUGGACUGCAGGAGGAACAAUGAGAAAUGUCCCAGUUGGGGCUGGUCGCCGCAAGAACAAGAACCCGUCUACCUCGCAUUAUCGACAUCUGAUGAUUCCAGAGGCAGCUAAACUUAGUUCCCCUAAUGGAUUACACAAUUCUGUUUUGGGAAAUGGAGCAGCUGUCUUGGCGUUUGAUUCAGAUUCGCCGCUUUGUAAUACCAUGGCUUCUGUAUUGAACAUUGCCGAGAGACACCAAAACCGCAUGCCAAAUGUGUUUCAUCACGCAACCGAGCCAAAUACUUUUGUUUCCUAUGGUGGAGAAAACGAUCACUCGAUUACAACUCCAACUUUGUCAGAGAGGAAAGACCACACUGGCUCAAAUGGAUCAAUGGAUAAAAGAGUUGACGGUUUCCCUCCUCAAUUGCAAUAUAUUCCGAGUACCCUUUUGCCUUAUCCAUGGAACCCUGCGAUUCCUCCUCCUACAUUUUGUCCACCAAGUUAUCCAUUAGCAUUCUAUACUCCACCUCCAUAUUUUGGUUGCAUGCCACCUUCAUGGAAUAUAUCAUGUAUCUCACCACAAAGUACUUCUUCUGUUAACCACUGUGACUCUCUUCAUAGAUCUAUCCCAUACUCACCAACUUUAGGGAAACACUCAAGGGAUGGAAACAUAAUUACACCACAGAACGAAAAACACGAUCAAGAACACAGUAAUACCGAAAGCAGCGUUUUGAUCCCCAAAACACUUAGAUUUGAUGACCCAAGUGAAGCCGCAAAGAGUUCAUUAUGGUCAAAACUUGGAAUCAAUAACGACAAGGCGAAUUCUAUAAAUGGAGGAACCAUGUUCAAUGCAUUUCAGUCCAAGGGAAAGGAUAAGAAUCACUCGGUUGAAGCAGCAGCAUCGACGCUGAUGUAUGCCAACCCUGCAGCUUUAUCACGGUCGCGUACCUUCCAUGAACAAACCUAAUUGGGAAUUGCAUUUAGCUACAUCAGAUUUUCAUUUUGAUGCAACCUCAUUCUUUUGACAAGUGAUCUUGAUCUUUAUUCUCAAAAGGAAGUAUAGUUGACCAACCUCCAUGCAAGAUUCAUUGGACAACAGUGUUGUACUUUAGCAGUUUAGUCUCAGUAGCUGCUAUCUUGAGCAUGUGUAAGUGAACAGGUGUUUCUGCUGCAGAUUUUUAGAUAAUAUGUUUAGUAAAUAUCUCGAUGUACAGAUAUAUAUAUGGGAGACAAAGAAAGCAAGAUGAAAAAAGAGAAAGGAAAUAAUAUUUCUUACUUUCUUAGGCUAAAAUCCAAUUGUUUAGAAUAAACUUGUUUUAAGUCUUCAUUGGAAGCAUUUUGGAGAUUCUCUACUACAAUAAUGUUAGUCUCAAAAGGAUUAUGAUAUAUAUGUGAUUUUUUUUUGCUGUUUGUCUGUUCCCUUAUUCAGAAAGGAAAUGUCAGAUUUUUGUUGUUGCAAACUAAUAUACUAUUUACAUAUAAUUUCACAAA